AUACUUCGUCGCCUCUUGCCAUACUGUAAUUACUAUUAGAAGUCCAAGUCAAGUUAUUACCUAUUAUUUAAAACGUAUAGCAACUAGCAAUAAUUGUACCGUUUCAUCAAAAACUAAAUUUCAAUCUUUACGGUCGUCCCAAUUACGAAGAAUUUACAAUUUACAUCCUCUUUGACUAGCAUUAGAGAAUAGAGAUGCCAUGUCAAAAGUCUGUAAAUAGUUCAUAGCCAGAUUUAUCAUACCUACUAAGUUAAACUGACUUUAUAUCUGACUCUGAGUUCUAACUAAUAAUCAUCUUGAAUAAGAUUCUUGUUCAUAUGAACGCGUUGUAAAUAAAUUUUAAGAAUAGGAAGUAUAUUGUAAAAAUUAAGAUGAGUACCACAAAUAACAUGCCACAUGUUGAUCGUGAAUUGGACUUGUCAAAUACAGGAAGAGGUGUUUGGCUUGUGAAGGUGCCAAAGUAUAUAGCAACUAAAUGGGAUAAGGCUCCUGGUGACAUUGAAGUAGGAAAAUUGAAAAUUUCCCGAAUGCCUGGUCAAAAAGCUCAAGUUCAGUUGUCUUUAUCAGAAGCUCUUCUGUGUCUAAAUGAACCUGGUGAACAAAGUAUACCCAAAGAACAUAGAUUGGACGUAUCUAAUGUAACAAGACAAUCUUUGGGUGUCUUUUCACAUGUAGUGCCUGCAGUAACAGAUUCUGUUAUUCCUGAGUCAGAGAAACUUUAUAUGGAAGGAAGGAUUGUUCAAAAACUAGAAUGUAGGCCUUAUGAAGAUCCUUUAUACUAUAAACUUAAGUCUGAAUCUAUUAGAAAAGCAUCUAUGCCACAACGACAAGUGCAGCAGUUGGAGAGAAUUGUUCAAAACUUCAAGCCAGUCUCAGAUCAUAAACACAAUAUUGAAUAUCAAGAGAAGAAAAAGGCUGAAGGCAAGAAAGCUCGUGAUGAUAAAGAAGCAGUGCUUAAUGUACUUUUCGCUGCAUUUGAAAAGCAUCAGUAUUAUAAUAUUAAGGACUUGCAAAAGAUAACAAAACAACCAAUAGUAUACUUAAAGGAAAUUUUGAAGGAAGUAUGUAAUUAUAACUUAAAGAAUCCACAUAAGAACAUGUGGGAAUUGAAACCAGAGUACAGACAUUACAAACAAGACAUUCCUGUUGAGACCAAAGAAGACAAGCAGAGUUCUGACAGUGAUUAGUUUGACUAAAAAUAUUUAGUACCAUAUACAUGUUACUAUAUGAAAAGAUGUCACAUUAUGUAAUGUGAACCUUACUUAGUCUGUGAUACUCUUUGUUUAUUAAAAUGAUGAAAUUU